CACUUCCUUUCUCUGGAUGUCAGACAGUCUGAAAAACUCAAUCUUGGGUCAAACUCGAUAUACUUUACUUUAAAUGCGCUCCAACGCGUAGUUCGGGGCUGGAAGUUUGGUGGUGGGAGCAAUAGAGUAACGGGACGGGGUAGCACACUUGAGAAGCUUUCUGUAAAGAAUCUAAUGAACCGCGCACAAAGUUAGACAUCUUUACGGAUAAGAAAACCUGAAGAUUUGAAUGAUGACAGAGAAAGUGUUGGUGAUUGACGACGUCAUAACAGAUGCAAUGGCUACUCCAUCUCCAGCCAAGAGUAUGGGCGACCCAGGCAUCACGCCACUUUCCCCCACACAUGUACUGAAUGACUCAGAAGAGAAUGAGUCUACGAGGCACCCAUAUGUGGUGGUGGUGGCCAUCGACUUUGGCACCACCUCCAGUGGCUACGCAUAUGCCUUCAAAAAAGAACCAGAGUGCAUUCACACUAUGAGGCGCUGGGAGGGUGGAGACCCAGGUGUGUCCAAUCAGAAGACACCUACCACCAUUCUACUGACCCCUGACAAGAAGUUCCACAGUUUUGGUUAUGCAGCCCGAGAUUUUUACCAUGACUUGGAUCCCACCGAGUCGAAGCAAUGGCUCUAUUUGGAGAAGUUUAAAAUGAAGCUACACACCACUGCUAAUCUAUCCAUUGAUACGGAUUUACAUGCGGCCAAUGGGAAAAGGGUGAAAGCUCUGGAUAUUUUUGCUUAUGCGCUGGCCUUUUUUAAGGAGCAGGCUCUUAAGGAGCUGAGCGAUCAAGCAGGGGGGGACUUUGAAAAUUCGGAUGUCAGAUGGGUCAUCACUGUACCGGCCAUCUGGAAGAUGCCGGCCAAGCAGUUUAUGAGAGAGGCAGCGUAUAAGGCUGGUCUGGUUUCUCGUGACAACCCUGAUCAGCUGAUCAUUGCUCUGGAACCAGAGGCUGCGUCCAUUUACUGCAGGAAGCUACGCCUCCACCAAAUGGUUGAUUUAAGCAACAAAACAGCCCAGAAUGGUUACAGCCCAACAGAGAACGUUGGGAGCGGAAUGACCCAGGCCAAGGAGCAUGUGCGCCGUAACCGACAGAGCCGCACCUUUCUGGUGGAGAAUGUCAUAGGAGAGCUCUGGUCUGAACUCACUGAAGGUGACCGUUAUGUGGUGGUGGAUUGUGGAGGAGGGACAGUGGAUCUCACUGUGCAUCAGAUCCGGCUGCCGGAAGGGCACUUGAAGGAGCUUUACAAAGCUUCAGGAGGCCCGCACGGCUCUAUCGGUAUAGAUUAUGAAUUUGAGAAGCUCCUGUGUAAGAUAUUCGGGCAGGAUUUCAUCGACCAGUUUAAGAUCAAGCGUCCAGCCGCCUGGGUGGAUCUGAUGAUCGCGUUUGAGUCUCGUAAGAGAGCCGCAGCUCCUGACCGAAGCAACCCGCUGAAUAUUAACCUGCCCUUCUCUUUCAUCGACUACUACAAGAAAUUCAGAGGACACAGUGUGGAGCAUGCACUGAGGAAGAGCAAUGUGGACUUUGUGAAGUGGUCUUCGCAGGGAAUGCUGAGAAUGAGUCCAGAUGCGAUGAAUGCACUGUUCAAACCAACUAUAGACCACAUUAUACAGCACCUGACUGAGUUAUUCGACAGGCCGGAGGUGACAGACAUCAAGUUCCUUUUCCUGGUGGGGGGAUUCGCAGAGUCUCCACUGCUGCAGCAGGCGGUUCAGAAUAUGCUUCAGGGCCGCAGCCGAAUUAUUAUUCCGCAUGAUGUGGGUUUGACCAUCCUCAAGGGGGCGGUGCUGUUCGGUCUGGAUCCUAGCAUCAUAAAGGUGCGCCGCUCUCCGCUCACUUACGGCGUUGGCGUCCUUAACCGUUUCAUAGAAGGGAAGCACCCGCCCGAGAAGAUGCUUGUAAAGGACGGUACGCGCUGGUGCACCGACGUUUUCGAUACGUUCAUCUCUGCCGAUCAGUCGGUGGCGCUGGGUGAAACGGUAAAACGCAGCUACACACCGGCGAAGCCGUCGCAGCAGGUGAUUGUCAUCCACGUUUACUGCUCAGAAAAAGAGUCUGCCAUUUUCAUCUCAGACCCAGGUGUGAGGAAGUGCGGUACGCUGAAGCUGGAUGUGAGCGGUACUGAGAGCCCAGCGGCACGAAGAGAGAUCCAGACGCUCAUGCAGUUCGGAGACACGGAGAUAAGAGCCAUGGCUAUUGAUGUGGCUACCUCUCGCAGUGUCAAAGCUAGCAUUGAUUUCCUUAGUCACUAAAAAAAGAUGAGGGAUGACUAAACAACACUGCAGAAACUCCGUAUUUUAGUCAAGUUUUCCAGUGAAAUGUCCCAACAAAGUCCAAGUAAAGACAUUUAUAAUUUUACGAAAGAUUAAGCAGAAAAAACGUUUUCAAGAAAUGCUUCUUAAGCAGCAAAUCAGCAUAUUAGAAUGAUUUCUGAAUGAUCAUGUGACACUGAAAACUGGAGUAAUGGUGCUGAAAAUACAGCUUUGCCAUCACAUUAAUAAAUUACAAAAUUAAAAAUAGUAAUAUUAUUUAUAUUUGUACACAAUUACAGAAAAUUUUUGAUCACAUAAAUGCAGACUUUUCGAAAAAAUGUACUGACCCCAAACUUUGAAUCAGUUGCGUAUUGAAUUAUAUUUAUUUGCAAAUUGUUUUAUUUUCUUGUUAUAAACAUCAUUAAAUUGUAGAUUUCUACUAGAAAACUACAGGGUAAUACAAAUAAAAUGGUAAAAAAAAAAAUAGUCCUUUAUCUCAUGCUGUUAUGCUUCUCAAGUCAAUAUUUCUUGUUUAGAGGAUGUUUAGAUAUUUUGACUGGAAAACAAGACCAAAUACUGAUUAAAAGUAUUGUUUUGCAGUGUAAAAGGAUAGAGAAAAGAAAGGUAAAACUAAAAAUAGAGAUUGAGAUUGAUCUUGAGAUUUGUAGGUUUGGAGUCUCAACUAAUACACCAUGUUUGCCGACCUUCUAUGUGACAUUCGCUUGAAUAACUGUGCCAUUCGUGUUAUUUUAUUUAGUCAUUUCAAUUUCCAGAUGCACAACUGGACUCAACUUCAGAAAGAAAAGAAUUUCUCCUAUUUGGCCAAAGUUGAGUUCAUUCUGUUCAUUUUUACCAACGCUCUCUUCAUCUAGACUCAGUCCGUUAUUCUCUGUAUGCUUGUAUUAUCUAUUUGUGUAGUCUGGCUAUGGCUAUUUUCUGCACAGAGAUGCAAACUCUGCAUGGAUAGAGCCAAAAUACAGCUGCGUAUUGCUAGUAGUGCAAUUUGGGAUAGCAUAUUGUAUUAACUUAGCAAGUCGAGUUCAGGUUAAGGCAGCUACAUCAGUCUUAUACUCACAAUAUAACAUUGUUCUCUUACGAAAUGUACUGCUCUGCUCUGAAACUCUGGCCUAUUACCUCCAAGGCCCAGUCCAGAACCAGUUCAUUCAUUUAGGUUACAAUGAGGAGGUAAAGCAGUUGGUUUGAGCUGCUGGACUGGUGACCAAAUUGUUAGUCUGAAACAGAACUUUAAGAAUGGUACCGCUACACAUCACAAAGGUGCUUAUGUCCAUGACAAAAUUACUAGUGCUAUGCGGCAGAACACAACAUAAAUCUCAUAUUUUUUUGUUUGUUGUUCUUACGUUUCAUUAUCUUGAUUAUGGGUUUCUUUUAUGCACGUCAAGGCAUUUUAGGAGUUCUGGACACUUGCGUUGACUCUAGUUUAGGGCGCCAUUUCGUUUGUCCCAAAAUGCAGCAUAUCUUUUCAUAUUGUUGGUCAGUAUGUCGCUCUAAGCGGAAUGAGAAAGCAUAAAUCCUAGAAUGUGAAUUUAAAUCAUCAUUUGAAGUGGCAGAGAUGGUAUUUGCUAGCUGCACCUAAACAUGAUUUGAAAGAAUAGCCAUCGCUAUAUGCUAGUUGCCUUUAAUACUGCUCUUAUAGAAAGAGAUGUCACUGAUUUUUUUCCCUUUUAUUUAGUAUUUUUAUUUAGGAGAUUAUUUUGAAGAAUAUGUGUCAAAUGAAAAUGUUUAUUUCUGUAUAUACAGUAUUUAAAAAUAUUGUACAGAUUUCUAGCAUUGUUUUAGCGUUAGCAGCUUUAUGAGCAGUGUGUGUAUGCAGGCCUUAAGAGCACACGUUCUUUUUUUUUUCACUCUCACCAGCCUUCACAUGGAUAGUAAAUUCAGAUUUGACCCUAAUCCAAACCACAAAUCUCUCUUUAUCUUAACCCCAAACAAACCUGUGAUUCCUAACUUGCAAUUCCCAUUUCCCAAAUCUCAUAUGCGGCUUUGUGAAUUGCCUUUGGUUGCUCAUUUUGAAUAUCACAAGACUUGAAAACCUUUGACCUUGACAACUUUACUCACAGUUAUCAUUUGAAAUAAGACAUUUAACAUUGUGGUAUAUUUUGUUCUGGGGAAAUGAGGUGACUCAGAUCUUAAUCUGUAGACGAAUACCACAAAUCACAGGCAAUAGGUGUGCUUUUGGUUUGGAAUAUACUGAGAUAAAUGCAACGCUAAAUGAAAGCAAUAAACUAUUGCAAUGUGACAUUCCACAUUUUAUUCCCACUUGCUCCAUCAUGCUAUUCUGCCAGUGUGCCGUCUGUGUCAAAGCUUCAGCUGCAAAAUUGUAAUGUUGCUAUGAAAUUGUAUUAAUUAACAUUUUUAGAUCAUUGAGGUGGAAAAAAAAACGAUGAAAAUGUUCAUGUUCUUUGAAAGACAGCAUUUUUGGCCUUCUUGGAAAAAUAUGCGUCAGCCAAUUGCUUUUCUAUAGAUUUGCAUAGCAAUGUAAGACGAGAAGCGCCAAAUCAUUCUUGCACAGGACAGGUCAAAUUUGUGAUAAAGCACAGAUCCUGGAUCAAAAACAUGAUGGAUCAAAAGUCACACGAGCAUCUGCCAGAUUGUGAAUAAAAUAUCAUCAAACUAUGUAAUAUCAUUGGAAAUGAAAAAUAGCAAGCAACACACUAAAUGCUAACGCUUAUCGUAAUGUAAUCUGAAUUUGCUGCUCUUGUGAUUAAUUGCAUCUGCUCUGCACGAUUCGCAUGAGUGACCAAAUAAAUAUGAGAAAUAUUUUUUUUUUUUUUUGGUUUGGUUCAUUUAAAUAUUCUAUUUUAAACUAAAUAGAUCUCUGGAUAAUAAAACCCGAGCUACCACAAAUCACUCUCAUAAUUGGCUGUGCAAGGCAGGGAUGUCAUCGCGUGUGAUAUAUACGUACACACAUAGACAUACAACUUUACAAACGUGCAUAUUUGUGAAGUAAGCACACCUUUUUUGCUCUGAGAGUAUUGAUAGGGUGAAUGUUAAAACAUAAAAUAUUGUUCUGCUGGUUUAAAGUUUUGCUUUUGUUUUAACUUGUUUUGCACCAUACCGUUUCAUGGGCAGCUUUGCUAUUAUUUUUUAUUUUUUUAUUAAUGACACAAUGUAUAGCCUCUUUAUAACAUGUAGUUAUUGCUAUGAUGUGUUUGUAAAAUCACAUAAAAGCACUAUUUUUUGUUUUUCAGUUUCUUCACUCUUUUUAAAGUAUUAAAAUGCUCGGCCCUGUUGGGGCGACGUUUGCUAUAAAUUCACUGUGAAUUUGAUUUUGAUUGCUUUUUCAGCAUUAUGUUAUUUAACUUGGUUUAACUAAAAGUGGACCAGGUCAAAGGGUGUGAAAAAAAACAAAACAAAGGAAUUUCACAGUUUGCUAGAUUCUGUGCUUUAAAUGCUUGAAAAUCACCUAGUCAUUCACUUAGAUCCAAGAUGGCUGCUCACCCCUAGAGUAUACCUACUGGGUUGUUUUUAUUAAUUGGAUAAAGUUUCACUGCUCUUGUCAUAUGUACAUCAAAAGAAAAUUGCAGCUGUAUUUCAAUUUAUGCCAAGUACUAACAGCCAAAAUGUCACUCAAUAAAAAGUAUGUGUUAUUUCAAAAAAAAAA